UGAACUCUACUUGAAGCCUCUCCUUCGUCCCUUUCAACUUCUUUCGUCUUCGAAUCCGCCUAAAUCCAAUUCCCCCAUUGCAGCCACCUUCCGAUUCAGCCAUCAAAACAGCUCUCUGAGAUGACGGAGGCCGCAAUUCGGAAGAAGCCUGGCAUGGCCAGCGUCAAAGAUAUGCCGAUCCUCCAAGACGGGCCUCCACCGGGUGGAUUCGCUCCGGUCCGAUACGCCCGCCGGAUUCCCACCAAAGGCCCCAGCGCCAUGGCCAUUUUCCUUACUGCUUUCGGCACUUUCUCUUGGGGCAUGUAUCAGGUCGGCAAGGGCAACAAGAUCCGAAGGGCCCUGAAGGAAGAAAAAUAUGCAGCCCGUCGUGCAAUAUUGCCUGUACUUCAAGCUGAGGAAGAUGAAAGAUUUGUCAAAGAGUGGAAGAGCUACCUUGAAUACGAGGCUGAAGUUAUGAAGGAUGUACCUGGUUGGAAAGUUGGUGAAAGCGUCUACAACUCAGGGAAAUGGAUGCCUCCAGCAACCGGUGAGCUACGACCCGAUGUCUGGUGAUUUUGUUUCAAACACACUCAUUUGUGGUUGACAUGUAGUUUGUCUAGAGUUUGUCUGCUCUGCGACUUAUCCUCAUAUGGGUUCUUGCUUUCCUGGUUCAUGGCCUUUUUUGUGAAAUAAAAGAAGCAUGUCAAAAUUUCUUCAAAUGAUUUGCAAAUACUACUGCUGGAAAUUGUCUUCUUCACUCAACAAACAUCUCCUUUUACCCAUGUAUCUCACUAAAGCUUGGGACUUGGAAUUAGACAUGAGUUUACCUUCUUUUUUUCUUGCUUACUUAAUUGCUGUUGAAGCAGUGGGAUUUCUUGCGAAAACAGUGUUAAACAUGACCUCUUCUUAGCCUAAUAGGCGAUUUGAUAUUUUUAGAGCUCGAGAGAGACAGAUGUACAGCCUAUAGAACGAAUCCUGUUCAAGUAAGAUCCAAUUGAUAAA